UCACGUGACUGACAUUCUACGCGAUUGUAAUGUACAUACUGUAAACGUAUUUGUGCUUUGCUCUCGCGCCAUGUGGGCAGUGCUCCAGGGUUUUGUAUCCCGGAUGUCAAUGGAUCCUGCCCUUGCGCGUCGUCUCUUCACCGAAGGAGGCGUUCUUAUCGUGGAAGAGAUGCCCGUAGGAACAGAAAUUGGUAUUGAUUGUAAUUCGUGGAGAACGGCGGAGCGUUUCAGAGGAGUGAAGAUGAUUCCUACUGGUCUGCAUUACAUCUACUACAGUGCUGUAGACAGACAUGGACAGACAGCUCCAAGAACAGGAUUUUUCUGUGUGAUGAAGAAACGACAGAUUAUCGUGAAACGUUGGAAUAGAACGACUGAAGAUCUGGACGACGUGGUCAAGAGCGAGGAAGAAAUAGAGAGACUGCGUGCAGGUUUGAAAGAUAUUGACAAGAAUCUUGGUGCAUAUCCGUACGAAUCACUAAAGAAAUGGGUUGGACUGACGCAGCACAUCUCACAGUCUGUUCUGGAGAGUCUGGAACCUGUGAGCAAGAAUAUUUGCUCCAGAAGUCAAAUUGAAAGUGAAGAAACGCGCAGUGUUAGAGAUGAAGGUACAUUAACGUCUGAGUGUGGCAGCUCUUUGUUGCCCACUGCUCAUGCGUCAUCGUCGUCGUCUGUACAGUCAGAUGUUACUGUACAAGAGUCACAGUUGCGACUUUCUCGUGUUCCGGAUCGAAAAUUUCCUGCUGAUGCGACGCCGGAGGAAGUGACGAGGCAUUCGAUGGAUCAUAGCUAUGCCCUCUCGUGUAUGAUGAGAGAUUAUUAUGGAAAUGACAUCAAGAACUUACUCGGAGAGCUACAAUUUUGUUUUGUCUGCUUUCUCAUUGGACACGUAUACAGUGCAUUCGAGCAGUGGAAAUGCCUCAUACAUUUGUUGUGUUCGUGUGACGAAGCCAUCACAACGAAUCCGGAUCUUUUCAUGAAACUCAUCAAUACAUUGCACUUUCAAAUCAAUGAAAUUCCUGAAGAUUUUUUUGUUGACAUCGUUUCCAGGACGAACUUCCUCACUACAACACUGCAGAUGUUCUUUUCGACUCUGGAAGAAUCGACAACAGUCGACAGUCAGCUAAGAAAGCGUGGACUUCAAUUUCGAAAGCACUUGACGAAGAAAUUCAAAUGGGACUUUACACAACCACCAGACGACUGUCAACCUGUGAUAGUAGACGUGUAGGGGCCAGAUGGCUGUUUGUUGUUUGUAAUUAUCAAGUAAGAUCACACACUCUGUCUCCAGUCUGUUACAGCAAUGGUUAUUGGUUCUGCAGUAAAGUGUUUUCAAUUUGUAUUGAAUUUUGGGAUUGUAAUUUGUAUAUUUGACGUGUGGGAAGCCUUUCGUUGUGUACAGUUAACAAGUGAUGACUAAUACUGAUGGU